AACACAAUAUGUUGAAUUUACUAGAUUAUACUCCGUAAGCAGAAUGGGAAGAAAGAUGCCACCUACAGAAUGGGAUCGAAUCAUGGGACCACUCAGAAUCUUCGGCCGCAAAAGAAAAUGGAAGGGCAAAAAAAUGAAGUCACGGGUCAGAAUUUUUCACGAUACUGCGGGGUUAGUCGAUCCCAACCAUGAUCCGUACCUGGAUCAAUGGCCUAUCCAGCACUAGUGAUUUGCGGGGUGAAUCCGCUCAAUCCAAUCCCACUGCGCACCGUAUUCGGUGUGGUCUCCAAGGUCCCGUUCCCAUUAUUAAAAUGGCUCAGUUCUACCCCAUGCUAUUACCCCAUGGAAACCUCUGUGGGCGCGGGGUUGGUUUAGGCUCUCGCCCGUCACGGUUCAGUGUCUGGACUCUUCUUCUCGGGGUCUCCACUUAUCUCACUGUUGAAGGGGCAAGAUGGACUUGUGAGGUAAUCCCCAGCAAACCUUUAUCUAAUUUCUCCAACAUACAUCCAUAGUGCCACAACGCGACCGAAUCGGCAAAAUUCUGGACGGUCUAGAAAGUUCGGUUA